CUCAUAUCAGCUCCCUCAGAUAAAAAAAUGGAGGGAAGCCCAGUGACCAGUGUCAGACUAUCUUCGGUGGUGCCUGCUUCUGUGGUAGGCGAGAACAAGCCACGACUGUUCACACCCAUGGACUUAGCCAUGAAGCUCCACUACGUCCGUGCUGUCUACUUCUUCAAGGGUACACGUGACUUCACCGUCGCCGACUUGAAGAACACCAUGUUUACUCUACUACAGUCUUAUCACCACGUCUCAGGUCGGAUCCGGAUGUCCGACAACGAUCCUUCAGCUCCUGCCAUACCUUACAUUCGCUGCAACGACAGUGGCAUGCGCAUCGUUGAGGCCAACGUCGAAGAGUUCACAGUGGAGAAGUGGCUCGACUUGGACGACCGUUCCAUUGACCACCGGUUCCUUGUCUACGAUCACGUUCUUGGUCCUGAUCUUACCUUCUCUCCACUUGUUUUCAUCCAGAUAACUCAGUUUAAAUGUGGUGGUCUCUCUAUUGGGUUGAGUUGGGCCCAUGUUCUAGGAGAUUUGUUUUCAGCAGCAACUUUCAUGAAAACACUUGGACAGCUGGUGUCGGGUCAUGGCCCAACAAAACUGGUUUACCCGGAAACCCCCGAACUGAUCUCUCAUGCUCAUAAUGGUGAAGCUAUUUCCAUUGAAAAGAUAGAAUCGGUUGGUCAGUAUUGGUUACUUACCAAUAAAUGCAAGAUGGGGAGAUACAUUUUUAAUUUUAGCGUCAACCAAAUUGAUCGUUUGAUGGCCAAGUACACCACGCGAGACCAACCUUUCUCGGAGGUUGAUAUUUUGUAUGCAUUGAUAUGGAAGGCCCUACUGAAUAUCCGCGGCAAAACAAACACGAAUGUUAUAACAAUUUGUGACCGUAAAAAGUCUUCAACCUGUUGGAAUGACGACUUGGUAAUAAGCAUAGUGGAAAAGAAUGACGAAAUGAUUGGGAUAUCUGAACUAGCUGCACUGAUCGCGGGUGAAAAAAGAGAAGAAAACGGUGUGAUCAAGAGGAUGAUAGAAGAAGAUAAAGGGUCUUCAGAUUUUAUCACGUACGGUGCAAAUUUAACGUUUGUGAAUCUUGACAUGAUAGAUAUGUAUGAAAUUGAGAUCAAAGGGGGGAAGCCAGAUUUCGUAAACUACACGAUUCAUGGGGUUGGGGACAAAGGUGUUGUUUUGGUUUAUCCCAAACAAAACUUUGCAAGGAUUGUAAGUGUAGUGAUGCCUGAAGAAGACCUUGCAAAACUCAAGGAGGAGGUGACUAAUAUGAUUACGUAACUUUGUUGUAUCUUGUUCUUGUGUUACAACUACUAUUCAUAAAUGCUGCUAGCUAUUUAAUCUUUGUAAUUUCAUUUGCAUAUUCAAUUCUCUUUGACCCUUCUUGUACCGGUGAUGGUUUUCAUUAUCGAAUUGUUGGUAAGCCAAUCAAUAAAGUGUUAUGAUUAUU